AGGGUAAAUCAUCGAGUUUAAAAAAAAAAAAAAUAAAAGAAGACAUUGCAAAACUUGAAUAUAGUCAAGUCGACAUGUCUUUUUUUUCCCCCCUUUCAGUUUCUCUCCUAAAAGACUUGAAACACGCGAACAUCGUAACACUGCAUGACAUCAUCCACACUGACAAGUGCCUGACACUAGUCUUUGAAUAUCUGGAGAAAGACCUGAAACAGUACAUGGACGACUGUGGGAGUAUCAUGAGUGUUUACAAUGUAAAAAUCUUCCUGUUUCAGCUGCUGCGAGGUCUGGCCUACUGUCACAAAAGGAAAGUCCUGCACCGAGACCUUAAACCUCAGAACCUUCUCAUCAACGAGAAAGGAGAACUUAAACUGGCUGAUUUUGGUCUGGCUCGAGCAAAGUCUGUUCCCACAAAAACGUACUCUAAUGAAGUGGUGACGUUAUGGUACCGACCCCCAGAUGUUCUUCUAGGUUCCACAGAAUACUCCACUCCAAUUGACAUGUGGGGCGUUGGCUGCAUCUUUUAUGAAAUGAUCACAGGUCGACCCUUAUUUCCUGGAUCCACCGUAGAGGAUGAGCUGCACCUCAUAUUCCGCAUCCUGGGAACUCCUACAGAAGAAAUCUGGCCGGGAAUCACAACCACUGAAGAGUUUAAAACCUACAAUUUCCCACAGUAUAAACCUGAAUCUCUGCUCAAUCAUGCACCCAGAAUGGACAAUGACGGCCUUCAUUUACUUUCAUGUCUGCUACAGUUUGAGGUAAAGAGGAGAAUAUCAGCCGAAGAAGCUCAGAAACACGCGUACUUCAGGACUCUGGGGGAACAGCUUCAGACUUUGUCGGACACUGCCUCCAUAUUCUCAGUUAAAGGAAUCCAGCUGCAGAAGGAUCCAGGGAAGAGAUCCUCGGUCCACACAGACUCCUCCAUAUCCCACAAACUAGGCUCCGCUCCCUCUCAGUUCUUCCAGAGAGAAUCAACCAAUCCUAGGCAUUAGUGACACAGUAUGACCUCUUCUUCUACUGACAGAAUCAGCUCUUAUGCCCAGGGGAAGAACAGGAGACAGAGUGUGUUGUUUUAAGGCCGACAGGACACUGAGGUCAAGAGGACGCUCAUACACUGGUGGAUCUAACCUAAUCACACACGUGAAGCUCACCAAAAAAAAAACACACACACACACACACACAAAAACACACAUACAUUCUGAAGGAGCCACAGCCUCACUCCCCUUCUAAGACUGAACAGUUGAUUUCUUACUUGACUUUAGAAUGAAGAGAUUAGGAUUUCAUUUCAAAAAUGAAAUGACCUAAAGCUGGAAAGAGGGCAGACUGAGGGACAUUCUAUUUCCCCUUCCUCCUCCUCCUCCUCCUCUUGCUGCUGCUGGCGCCGCUGCUACCGACGCUGUCCACAAAGUCAGCACUGGCACACAACCUACUGCAUUAGUGAAGUGGAAAUAGGUCGAAAGGAGAAACGUGACAAAUUUAGUCAAAGAAGGUUUUGGUUUUUUUUUUUAUUACUGUUAUUUUUUGAGUUGUUUUUUGGAUGUGAGGUUGAGCUGCAGAACUUGAUGAUACACGUAAAAGACUUAAGACUUUAUCUCAGCCUCAAACCCUUUUUUUUUUUUUUUUUUUUUUUUACUUUGUCUUCUUUAAUCAUGCUGCCUCCAACACAAACACAAGUAAAAGGAUUGUUACUGCUGGAUCUUUGCUGUUAGACAUGUUUUCCAAAGGGGUAUGAAACAUUGGUGACUCCUGCACAGAGUUGACAGAGAAAACAACUGAUUUGAGGUCGAAGGAUCGGAGGAGCUGCUGUUCAACUGCUGCCUUGUUCCUCAUCUUUGUCACAAUUUAAAAAAAAAAAAAAAAGUUAAAAUAAAAAGCUAACAACGUAUUAACUUAGUGUUGGAUCCACAACUACUAGUGAAAAAUUAGGUUUUUAAUAUGUGUGUUUCACUGGUGUGUACUCACUCAACUAUAUAUCAAAUCACAUAGACCAGGCAUGGGCAAACUAAGGUGCGGGGGCCGGAUGCGGCACAGCUUUUUAAUUCGGCCCGCCGAACUUUUCCAAAUGAUAUAAUUUAUUUAAUGAUAAUAUAAAUUAUAUUUACAUUUAUAUUAUCAUUAUCUUCCUUUUCCCUGCAAUACCCAGUUUCCCCACUAGUUGGCGUAGAAAAUGAUAAAAGCAUUUUAGCAUUUUAGCCUCUUAUGCAUGACUUUUACAUGUCAUUUAUCUUAGUUCACAUGAACUCUCCAUCUAUCUGCUCCUGACCCCGCCCCCCCACUGUUCAAUUUUAGGCCAAUUGGGGCCCGCGAGUCAAAUGUUUGCCCACGCCUGACAUAGACAAUACCCACAAGUUUCACAUCACCACAGACAGUGGAUUCACUAUUAUUGUCCAUAAUAAGUGCCCUAUAUUCCCUUUUUAUAAUAAUAUCCGCAACACACAAAGUGUCCAGAUGAGGCAGUAGAGAGCGAGCAGCUACUGUGUCCGUGUCCAAGCUAAAAUCACUAAGGUUCUCUGAAGACUUUGGCGCAAGUAUUGUGCAGAAACGAAUACACUAGCAUCAAGUUGUAAUUUGAAAUAGAGCAUGUGACUUUUAACUGCCCCGGUUUUAUGGAAGUAACUCUGUAGUACUUUGGUCCGGUGGUCAAGAAAAAACUACCUGAUUCAGUACAUGAUGAGGACAAAGAUGGAGGACAGCAGGGUGCUGUCUAAAUCCUAUGUGCUUAUCCCGGUACAAUUACACUCCACUUUUCUUCACCGAGACUCAUGACUUUGUCUGGGGACCCAAACAUUCCCUCUUUGCAAUGAUGUUACCUCUUCCUUUAGAUCGUUCUAGAACCCAGCCUUUUCCCGCUGAGCACCAACUUUAAUUGAAUAUUUAAUUUUUAAUAUGUGUUUAAUACUGUUUUUUUUUUUUUUUUAUUUGUGUAUAUAUUCGAUCGUAUGGUUUUUGAGCCAUCUGAAGUAAUGGAACUUUUCAGGAGUAAGGUUCGGCAGCUGCCAACCCCAGAGAUGGACGUUUAUUGCACAUUCCCAGAGCUCAGGACUUAAAGUUAGCGUUGUUUUGAUAAAUGCCUUUCCUUUAGACCAGUGUGUGUCCUGUGCAAAGCUGUUAUAAAGUUGGUUAGAAAGAACAUUGUUUUUUUUUUUUUUUUUAAACGUUUGUCUUUUGAUGAGGUUCUCAUUCACUGUUUUGAGUUGGGGUAAGUAGGAUCUCUUUUUGAAGGUCUUUGUUUUGCCUCAGCAGUUGGGGCGCGGGGGCUCUUUUCUCUUUUCUGCACUGCCCUGUGAUUUGCAAAGCCCCUAUUUUUUUUUCCCUCUGAUUAUUAUUGAAUUAUUGAUGAAGAUUUAGAGAUAUGACUUUAAUGUUGCUGUUAAAACGUCCUGUCUGUUCUUUGUUGUUGUUGUUUUUUGUUUUUUUUCUUUACGUAUUCCGAAGAUUAUAAUUGGUUCCCGCGUGUUGAGAGCUGCUGAUAUGCUGCUGUUAAAUGAAUAUGUCCACACAGGGUGAAUGGAUAGUUCAGGGUCAACAGGGUCAUGAGGCAGUAUUAGAGCACCAUACUCAAACGCAAGGGGACACAGCAGUUCUUGGUUCCGUCAUGGACACCUGCAUUUUGAUUAUUCCAAUUUUACACCAACUUUAACCUGUGUUGUUUACUCCAGUCAGUGCCUAUAGUCUCUAGUCUCCUCAUGUUUCAAGCAUAGACUCCAGGUCACUUUAUUUGGCAAAUGUGGCUGAAUCUCUAGGUCCAUAAAGCUAGGCGUUAAAGAAAGGGAAUGUCACAUGUCCUGCCUAACUAAGCGCUAAUGCCUCUUAGCAUCCGACAGGGCGCCACCUCACGCUGUUUCUGAAGCAAACACUGGUGUGCUGACAUGCAAACAUCUCUGUCAGCUAAAUUGCUAAUUAGCUGCUAUUUGAUUUAAUUUCAUUUCAAAAUGCCACAUCAACAAUUGCGUUCCUUCAAUCCCAGACCGUAAAUAAGACCCAAACUGAUGACUUAAGCUCCAAUUCUGAAGUACUUGACUCCAACCUUUCAUACUGAACCUCGACUUAGCAUAUGAAAAGACCUGGUAUUGACCACACCACAGUUUUCUUUGAUGACCUGGACUCACAACUAAUUGGAUUUCAGCGCUUGUGUGACACAAAUCUCGCAAACUAACGUCAGUGUUCUUUACGUCAAAGCUGUAGGACCUGUAAUCAACUCUGACUUGACUUGAAAGUUACGUAAUUUUAGCGACUUGUUGGGAGACUCGGACAUCAACACUGCCCCGUGAGCACCUGUCGGAGCGUCGUAGUGUAAAGAUUGUUUGUCUUCAGACUGUCCUGUAAAAAACAGUUCUUUGUUUCCUUCAGUUCAUUUAAAACGAAAGCAAUAUCCCUGCAGUUUGGUUUAAAACAAAGCCAAGGUCCAAAUCAGAAGUCUUCAACUCAGAGAAGGAGGAAAUGAGUGACUGUGAUUGAUCAAACUGUAAGACUUGAUUUAUAUAAAUCUUUGUGUUUUUCUAUAAAGUGCUGGAUUCAAAAGGCUGGCGUGUAUCUGCACAUGGACACACUUGUAUCUGUAUAGAGUACAGCAGUGGUCCCCAACCUUUUUGUACCAAGGACAGGUCGGCCAUUAGGGGCCGUUACUGCGGACCAGUAACACCAGGCCGAUGUUGGAGGAUUGUUAAAUUUUCAAAAUAAAACAUCUUUUAGACUUUAUUCCCCUAGAGUCUGAAUGACGUAUUAUUUUGAAAUAUUACCAGAUUAUCUUUAAAUGUUGAUGAAUAUGACUGAAUUAUCUUCAAAUGAAGUAAAUUAGUAAAAAUAAGGAUUUUAUUUUUUUUAUUGUGUCCCACUGCGGCCCGGUAACAAUGGACCGGUAUCGGUCCACAGACCUGGGGUUGGGGACCCCUGGACUACAGUAUACAGAUUUUUUUUUUUUUGAGAAGUCCCACUGUUUCCAAACACAUGCAUUGUCAGAUAUUUUUUCUAAAUAAAACCAUGACAAUUUACAAGAUCAACCAAAAACGCCCAUUAAACUAAUUUUUGAUUAGCUAUAUCUGAGAUCAUUAAAUGGUUGACUCUGGACAUUGUCUUGGUCUGGGACAAUCUUUAGUGACAAUUUGGUUUUAAAGAUUUAAAGCUGAAAAAAAAAACCCUUAACCUUACCUCCUUUAAAAUUUAACAGUGGGGAUUUUUUUUUAACUUGGACUAUUUUCAGGACUUUGUCUAUUUUUCUUGUAUGAUCUAUUGCUAAUAACAUUUAUUUUUCUUGAUGGAACUAUCAGUUGGAGACAUGAAAGUGGCAGAGGUGCGAGUGUGUGGUGGAUGUGAACCAUGUUUGAGCACAGAACCUUCAGAAGCAACAAGUAUGUGUGUAUCUGAUAAUAAUUCAAUAAAACUCAGAUUGCGUGUA